CUCUGUGCGACAUGUCAAACUUGUCAAACAACCGGAAAUAAGUUGAAUACAAAACUAACGAAACUAAGUUUGCGAAGUUGAAAUGUUCCAAUCUCUUUAAGUUAGAAAGUAUUAAAAUAUUAGUCAUAAGUGAAACGAAGUGUGAUAAAGAUGUUAUAUAUUGGUUUCAUCUUGUUCAUAGGACUUGCUAAAGAAUGUUAUACGCAGGAUGAUAAUGGUCCCUACCUAGGAAGAUCUAUUGGCGAGUUUAAUACUUACCACCACCAGGUAUCAGGUGAUGUGUAUGCUGUAGAUGACUGGACCCUAUUACUGGUGAAUUUUAACUAUGAUGGUACUGGAGUUGACACAUUCUUCUGGGCUGGAGAUUCUGGGAGGCCAGGCCCACAGGGUUUUAUAAUCCCUGAUCAAUUUGGCAAAACCAAUGUCCUGGAGCGAUACUACAAUGAGGAAGUACGACUCACACUUCCAGAAGGCAAGCGGAUAUCCCGAAUCAAGUGGUUUGCCGUUUAUGAUAUAGACUCACAGAAUGCAUUUGGGGAUGUGUAUAUACCUGAAGAUUUCUCUGCUCCAGCACCUCAGUCACUAGCAGCAUUCUCCUCUGCUGCUGUGACAAGUAAACCUCUGAGAGUACUUGACGCUUCUACCAUAUUAAUACCAGAAUUCAGAUAUGACGGCCGUGGAGAAGAAGCCUACUUUUGGACGGGAGUCGGGCCACAGCCUUCAUCACGAGGCUUCAAAAUACCUGAUGAAUAUGGAUACCUGGAGCCAAUUCGCGCGUACAAGGGCGAAGACGUGCGGCUAGAGCUCCCGGGCGGCAAGACCAUAUUCGACGUGAACUGGAUCUCCGUGUACGACGCGUCCGCGCGCGCCAGCCUCGGCGCCGUGCUCGUGCCCGACGGACUCAACGUGCCGCCCGCCGCCCUCGUCACGCACCCGCACGAGAGCAAGUUGAGUCAGUGCAAGCAGCUGCACCGCGACCUCCAGGUCUCGUGGAACGUCCACGGCAGGGAGAUCACCAUCGAACUCGCGGGACAGAUAGAGGAGGACGAGUACAUGUCGUUCGGUAUCUCCGGCGCGGUGGAGCGCUCCGCCAUGCUCGGCGCCGACGUGGCGGUCGCGCGCUACUCCCUCGCAGAGAGGCGCGGCCUCGUCACCGACUACAACAUCUCGGACGUGGCGCCGUGCGUGCGCGUGCUGGGCGUGUGGCGCGGCGUGUGUCGCGACACGGCGGUGGGCGGCCUGGACUCCCCGCAGCUGCUGUACGCGUCCCGAGAGGACUCUCUCACGCGCAUCACCUACCGCACCAACCAGCAGCCCGACGAGGCUCUGGACCGAGAGUGGAAAAAAGACGGAGACCUUUAUGUAGUGUGGGCUGUGGGGAAGCUGGACUCCCUCAUGGAGCCCGCCUUCCAUCGCCUAUAUCCGCGCCACGAUGUCAUCAUACGCCUCAACAACACUCUGCCGGAUAAUGAUUGUUUCAAGUUCACCAUCGGCAGCAGGGCGCGGCCGAGUCCGUGGGAGGUAGCGCAACUGUUCGACCCCACCCUGCGCGUGUUCCAGUUCCGCGUGGGGCCGGCGGGGGGCGCGCGGGGGGUGGCGGGGCGCGCGGAGGGGCACGCGCCCCCCCUCGCCUGGUACGUCAACGGGCAGCUCGCGCCCGACAUCCAGCUGCGCCGCGGACUCACCUACACCUUCUACGUGUACGGGGGCAACGAGCCCCACUCUGCCACCGAGUACCACCCGCUGGUGGUGACGGCGGAGCAGGGCGGCGGCCUGGAGCGCCUCUCGGACUCCGCCCUCCGACAAGUGCGCGUGCUCGCCGGCCUGCACUACUCGCGCCGCGGCCUGCUGCAGCCCACGGCCGCGGGCGGGCUGUGCCUGGGCCGCGCGGCGGAGGAGGCGGACCGGCGGCGGGACGCGGACUACGUGACGUUCCGCGCGUACAACAGGUCGCUGCGGUGGGAGUGCGCGUCGGCGAGCCCGGCCGCGCUCACGGUGUCCCCGAACUCGUCGUGGCCGGACAUCGUGUACUACAACUCCUUCACGCACGCAGGCAUGGGCGGCCGCAUCUACAUCGUGGACCGACACAACCGGAACAUCGCCCGCAAGAGCGCCGCCGCGACGCUCGCCCCCCUCACCCCCCUCACCGUGCUCACGGCGCUCUCCGUGCUCACCGUGCUCACCGCGCUCACGGCCCGGUGAUAUCCAGCACCUUCCUACACCGCACGUCCCACGCUGUUCAUGGACAAUGUACUGUUGCAGAUCGUUCGUCGCACCGCCGAAACUAUUCAUAAAAUAUAAUAUGUCGAUAAGCUUCUGCAAUACCUUAUUUUACACAAUUCUGCUGUGGGAUCUUCACACCCGAAGUGAGCUGACAAUGAGCGGAAGAAACAAAGGUUCAGAGAACCUGCUCCAGGUACCGACGCGGCGAGGGGUCCGGGCGCUGAGCAGGACGGAAGCAGCGCGCGGCAGCAGGGCGUGGGGUGCAUGCUAUCAGUACUUUUUUAAUAAUAUCCUGAAAAGCACCCCACGCUUCUUUACAAUAAAAUCAUUUUUCUUAAAAUAUUUUAAUUUAAAUUUAUUAAAAUUUAUUU